AUGCAGUCUCCAGACCAGCAUCAUAAAGUCAAGCAAUUGGUGCAGUGUUUGCUUGCGCUGGACACAAAACUCUCGGAAUCUGUUCUCAACUCAGAUAUGUUCCAAGACAAGAGCGUGGAAGUGGAUAUGCUAGAGUCGAGAAGGAGCAAUGACGGUGAGACUCUGGACACAGAGGUAGUUGCUGAGUCAGACGAAGGAGGCUGUAGUCUACAGCGCAGGCGAGGAUCCAGUGUCCCAAGAAUGACCAUCCGGGACACAGCUAGUACCGCUGAUAUUCAGCCCGCCUGA